AUGUCGCACUUCACCACUGCGACGCUGCGCAGGCACGACGUGGACCCCCUGGCGGCGGCGCGGGCCGCGUCGCGCAUGCAGCUGCAGGGCGCCUCGUGCCAGCUCGCCUACCUGGACGUCACCUUCCAGGACAGGGUGGACGCCAAGGACCAGGUCCGCUUCAAGCGCCACUGGCAGCGACGCGUGCAGCCCGGCGACCCGGACGUGGUGACGCUGCGCGACGUCAAGGACGUCGUGCUCUUCCAGGUCCAGCAGGGGCUGCCGGCAGACUUGUUGACGCUGUUCCACACGCGCCCGGUGGACCGCUUCCUCCGCACCCUCAUCCUGUACUGCUUCUACUACAUCCAGGUGGGGCGGGACUACCACACGCUGCUCAUGGGGGAGGGCGCGGCCUGGAAGUACCACCACAUGUCCAACGGCGUGCAGUCCUGGUCGCAGCGCGACGCCCGCCUGUGGGAGCUGCUGCUGCGGCUGGCGGUGCGGGUCACGUGGGUGGCGCUGCAGCGGCGCUACCUCAACCUGGUGGACGCCGAGGUGGGCCGCCUCUUCCGCGGCGACGCCUUCAACCUGGCGGCGCGGCGCCAGAGCGGCAGCCGCCGGUCAGACUCUGGCUACAAGAGCCGGAGGCAGGUCCGCGACGUCCGCGAGGAGAUCCUGCACGGCCCCGAGGACGGAUCCGGCGGCUUCCUGAACCUCUUCGCCCAGUCGCCGGCCACCAGGGAGCUGCUGGGCCGACCAGGCCGACCCGGGGAGGAGCCGCACUGGACCCUCCUGGCGCUGGGCCGGCUAGAGUUGCCCUGGUUGGCCGAGUCGCUGCGGCGCGUCGAGGCGGCCUACACUCUGAGCGAGGAGCAGCUGGUCCGGGAGCACGCCUCGUACAUCGGCAUCAUGGGCAUGCCGCGCGGCCACCUCGACGUCAUGCUCAACCUCAGGGACAAGCAGCGGCGCCACGAGCUGCUCUUCAGCUCCAGCGUGGCACAGCAGUGUUCCGCUCUAUUCCCAGCACAUGACGAAACCAACUACGAACAGCCAGAACCAGAACCAGGGACCUUCCCGUAUCCUUAGGUUUAAUAGCGUUAAAAGAAAUGGAUUGUACAUCUCUAGCUUCUGAUACCUGACAAAACCAAACAAACAUACUCUUACUUCAUGAGUGUUAGCAAACAAACCGAAAAGAUCAAGACUUUCUAAACAAUAAAAUAAAAGGAUUUACCUGACAA